AUGAGUUUAGACUCACUGUUUCAACAAAUCCUCCUCACUGAACAGCAACAGGCUGAACAAACACAGAAAUUCAAAGACGUUAAAGUGUCCAUCAUCAGAUGCAAGGAGAGGAUCAAGAAUGCAACUGAAAAGUAUGAGCAGGCAAAACUGGAGCUGGAUAAAAUGGCUCAACAGUUGUCCACCAUGAGGCUGCAGUGUGAUCUGACAAAGAAAUGUGAGGAGCAGAUGUUGAUACAAAUUGAGGAGCUGCUUGGUCAGAAGCACCACCUUGGGGAGCAUUUAGCCAAGAUAAGGACGGAGUCGAAAGAAGAAGAAGAGAACUUCCUUCAGGCGAUCUCAGUGUUCAACAGUGACUUCAGUCUUCCAGAGAGCAGACUGGCAGAGUUUGAGAGUCAAACGCACACCGAGCUCCUGGCCCUGAAGAGGGAGGUGGAAGCUUUACUCAAAGAAAUGCAGUUAAUGAGGUGUAGAAACAGCCACGUGAGCUCUGCAGAGGAGGAAAAGAAGAAACUGCUGCUUGAGCUUCAGAGCCUGGACAACACACAGAAAGACUUGGAUCAGCAGGUGAGGGACGCUCGAGCAAUGACAGAAUCUUUGAGAUGGGAGAACCGGUCUGUCAGUCAGAAACACCUCACUGACAACACCUGCCUCAGGUGA